AUGAUGCGUGAGCCCCGUCAGCGGAGCCCCGAGAGCGCGCCGCGGAGACGCGCCGAGCGCCGGCAUUCCAGAGAGCACCUCGCCGCUGCCGCCGUCGCCGGACCUGCCCCAAUGUCUUCCCACACUCCGCGCCGGGCCCGCGGCAAUUCCAGCUCGUCGUCGUCGUCAUCUACCUCAUCCUCGCUGCUGAACAUCUCGCGAAAGAGCCGCUUCGGCAUCCGGUCCUUCUUCGCCUCGUCGUCGGUCAAGAAGGUUAAGAGACGGCGCUCCUUUCGCAAGAAAAACAAGUCCUCUUCAUCUGUCGAUAGCGAUCUGGCCUACGGCGCUGGCUACGUGUCGCGGUCUUCGUUCGAAAGUGGCCAGGCCGCGUAUCAACAACCUCAGCACCAACCACACUCGCACCAACACCCCCAGUAUCCGCAAUACCCCCAGCAUGCGCAACCGCCAUACCAUUCCCUACUGCCCCCCGACCACCAGCAUCACUCGCAGGAGGAUCAGUUGUUUGGGCCCGAUGGUAGACCCGCGCUACACAAGGCGCAGACGGACGAGGAGAUUAUCGCCCUCGGCCGCAAGCUCUCGGACCUCGCCCGCGCAGAAAACCUUCGAGACCUCGAACGCGUAGGCAGGAAGCGUCCAUCCCGUAUCGCAGCCACCACCGCAGCUACCGCCGCAGCUCUUUCCGAGUUCCAUCGCCAUAGUUCCCACGGGCACAGCUCCCGUGGCCUGGGCGCAUCGAAGCCUCACGGUGAAUCCGAGUCAGACUGGGAGUCAGCUUCCGAAUCCGACUCCGAUUCUAGCGAUGGAAAUUCCGGCCUGGCCUACGGGCCCGUGCCCAAACUCUCCAACCCAAAUCUGCGCAACACCAGCCCGUCCCAAGUCCAGCACAAUGUCUCUUCCCCGACCAUGACCCCACAGCGUCCACCCGAAUACAUCCGCCCUCCCAACCGCAAGAGCUCUGCCGUUGACCCCGCCAUGUUCGGCCCCGUCAACUCUCUCCGCGGUUUCGUCAACACCCCAUGCGGCUUCCGCCCUGGUGAGUAUCCGCCCCCCCACCGACGGAGCCAGACGCAGCCAUAUCCCCUGCCACAGCACGAGCCGAUUCCUCAGCCGAGCAGCGCGUCCAUCGAGGCCAGGCCCAUGCGGAACGUCUAUCCGGUCCCGACAACCGAUGGCUCGCGCUUCGAAGCAGUUGCCAGCUCCUCGGGCGUCUCGGUCUCGCUUGCCGCGGCUGGACCGACCCCAUCCACCCCGACCCGCCGGGAGAGGGAGAGCGUGGCUUACGUUCAUUCCCCCUCGCGUCCCGAGCCUGUCCCUAUUCAGGCGCCCAAGCCGAGGAUGCCUUACUCGCCCAAAGUGCUGGAUCCCGACGCUGCUGCGGAGCGGGAACAGCAGGUCCUUCACGGUAGUCCCCGUGAGCGCCGCGCUAGGAGGGAGGGGCGCGACUCGGAGAGGAGGACCAAUGCCGAGGCCCUCACGUCGGAGGCACUGCCUGCUGCUGUUGUGGGUGCUGCUGCGGGAGCGGUGACGGCUGGGGUUGUGGGGAGCAGGAGCGAAAAGAGAGAUAAGCGGGAGCACGAGAGACUCCCCCAGAAGCGGGAUGAUAGGCGAGACUAUGAUGCUCGCCGGUCCUAUCCGACUCCUGAUAGGGGUGGCGUUGUUGAGACCAUCCCUGCUGGCUCCCCAUCUUCAGCUGUGUUGCCAGACCACCAGGAGAGACGUGCCGACGGGCGCGACUACAGACGCGACGACCGACGCGACCCCCAUGCUUAUGAUAAUCAGAGCUACGACCGGCGUGACGACCGUCGCGAGGACCAGCGCGACCUGGGUGACCGCCCCUCUCGCCCUAUCCCUCACAGCAAGAGCAUUGCCGAAAUCGCGGCAUCCGCCAUUGCGCCUGCAGCAGUCGUCGCAGCCGGGGCCGCAAUCCUCUCAGACAACCGCAAACAGCGCGAGCUUGAUGAGCUCCGCGAAAAGGAGGCCCGUGUCCGUGCUGAACGUCUCCGCUAUGAAGACGAAGCCCGGCGUCACCGCGAAGCACGCGAGUAUCGCGAGCAGGAGGAGCGUCGUCGCCGCGAUGAAGAGGACGAGCGCCGCCGCCGCGAGGGGUAUGACAUUCCGGACGAGCAAGAGCGUCAUGCCCGCGAGGAGCGCGAGCUCCGCUACAAGGAGGAUCGCCGCACUCAAAAGGAGCGUGAACGGGCUGAGCGGGACCGGCUCGCCAGGGAUGCCGAGAAAAAGCGUGAUCGCGACGAGACGCGUAGGGCUGAAGCUCGCGAUGAGAACGACCGCAGCCGCGAGCGCGAGGAGCGCCGCCGCGCCAAGGGCAAGGAUGUCGUUACGGUUGUUGACGAUCGCCGCAAUGACUCCUCUGCGAUCAAAGAGGGCACCUCCGGCGUUGAGAAGGAGAUUGGGAGCUUAGAGCCAGAGGCAGCAAAGCCCAACCGCGAAAAGAGGCGUGCCAAGCGCGAGGAGACCCGCCGCAUGCUUGAGGAGAUUGAAAGGCAGAUAGAGCUCGAAAGGAAGAGGUUCGCUGAGUUGGAGGCUGCCAAGGAGCUUCCUGUGACAGAGCGCCCGGAUCCUGGCCCCUCAAGCAGCAAGGCGCCCUCAAUCGACCCCUUCCUGUAUCGAGUUCCGGACGAUGCUUUCCCUACUCCGCAGUUUGGCACUCCGGACAGAACCGUAACUCCUCAAGUUCUCACCGUCGACCGAGUCCCUCCGUGGGCGGAGCGUGAGGAUGCUGACCCCUCUGGGAAGGCGCAAACGGAGGUCAGGGAGCAUGAGGAGCGCGACGAACGGCUUAGCCGCCGCUGCUCUUUCGAGCGCGAGAUGCGUGAAGCACAGGCCAUUGUGGAUGAAACUAACCAGUCGACUAUUCCGGCUGAUCCUGCCGUGAUUGCCGCUGCCAUCUCGGUCAUCUCCCGAGAUCGCUCCCGGUCCCGGUCGCGCGAGCCCCGGCGAGGCAGGGACCCGGAACCGGUGAGAGACCCUGUGCUGGAGGAGGCCAACCGAUACUAUCGCGAGAAGAGGAUAGCCGAGAGGAUUGCGGAGGAGCAGAUCCGCUCUCGCAGCGCAUCCCCCUCGCCAUCAGUGGUGGACAAGUACGAAGAGGUCGAUGAACCUAUCGAGCGCAUCGUCACCCCGCCCGAGAUGAAGCGGCCUCCCGGGGAAAGCAAGUAUGACGGCCCCAACGCUGACGUCCGCAUCGACAAUAUCAUCAUGCCUCACGAGAUCGUCAAGUUCCGGGCCCCGCCGGCGAGUGCUGCGCCCGGCGGUCUUGACCCGGCAAUGGUGCCGGUUUUCAAAUCGAGGGAUCCGUCCUGUGAGCGGGAACGGCCCAUGCUCAACCUCGUUCUGCCGACGCCGAGGACGUCGCCGUCUCUGGAGAAGAUGAAGGCUAGGCAGGCCGCUGCCCAGGCCGCUGCUGAUGACGCAUCGUCCGAGGAUGAGAAGAAGAGGCAGGAGUGCAAGCGCAAGAUUGUCAUCGAUGCUCGUGGCCAAGCGGUUGAGGUUCCGGAGGAUCAUGACUCAGGCCCCGUUGCGGAUGAUGUCAGCCGCGAUUCUUCGCAGGAACCACCCGCUUCUAAGUUCAAGUUCAAGAAGAACACUUGGGGCAUGAUUGCUGCUGCUCUUGCGGCUAAAGCUGCUGCUGCCAAGUCUGAGGAGAAGAAACAGAAAGAGGGUGAGAAGGCACUUGAGGGUGAAGGCAGUGGCGUUCCGGAAGCGGACAAAGAGAUGCCACGGGAAAGGGGGGAUCCAAGUCCGGAGUCAAGAAUCAACACAGAGUCGGCCGCUCUUCCGGAAGCCCAACCGAUAACUGUAACUGCACCGCAGCCCGUUGGGCAAGGGGUUCAAGAAGUUGUCCCUGAGCCUUCCCAGGCGCCAAUCCCAACCGUGCCGGGGUCACAAGAACCCGAGGCAGCCCGCAGUGUCUCGCGGACACCGUCUACCCCGCCUCGAUGGUCCCGCGUUCCCUUCGACUUCGACGACGAACCUCCCCAAGUAGGGCCCAAACCGGCAAGGGCCCAGGUGGCUCAGAUGCCGGGUUCUUUUGGGGAUGAUGUCGAGUUCACGGCUUAUGUUGCUGCGGGUUUGGAGAGUUCGGGAUUUGAUCCCAGCCUCGUCAUCGAUGAUCCCACCUAUCGAAGGCGAGACUCCCCACCUGGCUCGAACGAGCCGUUUUAUGUCCCGCCGUCUUGUGAGACGGUGUCGGAUCUUCACUUUGAACCGCCCUCACGGACUGUCGUCGCUGAGGGGCCUGUUCUUGAGGCGGUGGCUCAUCCUGAGGAAUGGGAGACAAGGUCCAGCCUUGGCAGAACGUCACGUCGGGAACGCCAGGGUGUUGAUGCCGAACACGGCGUCACUGCUGAGGACGAUCAGACCGUCCCCAGAACAGAGGUGGUAGACAUCAGCAAGGAACCAUCUGCCGAUGCCGACGAUGAGUGGCGGUCCAAGAAGUCUCGGGACUCGAGGCGCGCCUCUGGCUCAUACGAGACUGCAACUUACUCCGGUCCGGCGUCCGAGGUGUCCGGCGCGAGCUCGAGCAGCAGGAAGAGCAAGAAGAACCGCCGCAAGAGCACCAAGGACGCAUACGAAAUACCGGAGCAAGAUGAACCGCCCGAUCGACCUGGGAAUUCUUUUCAGUGGAUUGACCGGGAGGUGAGCUCGGUGGUCUCGGACCCCAUCGGCAAGCCCAACGGCGGUCGUACUGAUGGGAGCCAUGACUCCAUAUCCGUCGUGUCUCUCCCAACUAACGGCAACAGCGAGCACCACGACCGCUCGCUCUCACAGAACGGGGACAAGAAGGAUUCUUUUUUAGGUAAUGCCGGCACCCUUGGCGCAGGUGCCGGCUUGGCGGGAGCUGUCACUGCCAUCGCAGCUCAGCUAUCUCGUCCAAAUGCCACCCAGGACUCCGCCGAGAAGGAGGAACCGUUCCGUCGCGAGCGUAGCGUGAGCUACAGCUCACAAACCGUGGACCCUGAAAUCGUUCAGCGGGAAAUCAAGCCCGCAAUCGACCCCCAAUAUGGCGACCUCCUCCCUCUCCCUCCCAGCGAGCCGGGGUCACCCAGCUUUGAUAACUCUGAAGAAUCCUUUCCCUCCCUCCCCGACAGCGAGGAAGACGCAUCACCUGCCCCUCCACAAACCCGUCCCCGCCGCGGCACCGUCAUACACACGCAUACUCGGCGCCGCAGCGCAGUCGACGUAACACCCAAGACUCCCAGCCGCACCGCCGUGCCAGUUCAGUUCAUUAUUGGCCGGGGCUCCGUCCCGUCCUCGCCUGGUUUCCGCUUCUCUCCGAUUCACUCCCCUGUUGCUUCUGGCCGUCCCGACACUUCCCCCCAUAGGAACCGUUCCUCCAGACCGACGUCGUGGGACUCGACCAGGGAGAUCAAACCGCUUUAUCUCCUGGAGAAGGCGCACAGUGCUGCGACUGAGGCCAGGGGAGAAGAGUACCCCGCGCUACCGGAAAGUGAACCGCCUUCCAGGGAAUCGCCGGGCCCGGACUUUGAGGCGCGCGAGCGAGAUGUGGAUUAUCUUGGCGCGACGAGCAGCCGGGGGCUGCUGGAAGCGCUGCACAUUGAUACGGCCGCCGGACUUGCUGUUGGCCCCGUAACCUUUGGCGAGCCCCUUGGGGAGCAUCUUGAUUCUGGGGAUACGACCCCUAGGGCGGCGGCCCCUCCCGCCCCGGGCUUCAGGCUGUCAGCCGAAGAGACGUUUGAAACGAUCGACGAGCCUCUAGAUGAAUGGGAGAUGGUGGAGGAUGUGGAGAGGUUGCCACCGCUGCCGGAGAGCAGGGCCGAGUCUCCUACUUGGGUGGGAUCCUCUCCAAUCGUUACCGCCCAGUCUGGUCCUCUUCUUGAGGCCUUGGAGGGACUGCCUCCUUUACCCGACAGCCUUCCUAUGUCGCCUCCUCUACCGGCUCAGUCUCAACCUUCGGCUCACCCGCCCCUUGAUGACGAGCUGGAACGGCUGCCUGCCCUCCUUGACAGUUCACCAACUUCGCCUGUCUCGCUGGCUUUCCCUCCAGCCUUCGUGCAGCUUCCCUCCGAUGAGGAGAUUGGGCAGCUGCCUGCCCUUCCAGAGAGCCAGCCCUCCUCACCUGUUUUAGAGUUACCUUUUCAGCCGUCCGUGCCGCUGCCUUUGGAUGACGAGCUGGAUCAGUUGCCUCCCCUCCCUGAGAGCCGUGCCAGUUCGCCUACCCCGGAACCAGUUUCUCCCAUCGCCCAUCAGCUCCUCCCUGUCGGAGAAUUGGAGAGCCUGCCGGCACUCCCCGAGAGCCGUUCUGACUCUCCAAUGACAGCUCUCAGUGACCAGCAAGAUCCGUCUGCCCUGCUACCCUUGGCCACUGCCACUAUUCCGCUCGUGGCAGAUAUUCAGUUGGAUCAGUUGCCGCCCGUUCCUGAGAGCGGGCCAGGCGCUCCUGUUCAGGAAUCAUAUUCUCCCACUACAGUCCUCCACCUUACCGGGGGCUUUGUCCUUCUGGAGGAGCCAAGCCCUGCGCAAUCUGCUCGGCAACUAACCUCCGAUCGAGAGUUAGAGAAGCUACCUCCUCUGCCGGAGAGCCAACCAGAGUCACCUGUCUUGUCAGACGUGUUCCAUACGCCCACUCAGCUGCCGAUAGAUGAUGGGUUGGAGCUACUGCCUCUUCUGCCUGAUAGCGAGUCACUUUUCCGCGUCCAGGAAGCGCUCACUCUGGCUGAAGACUUCGAACCUUUGCCUAGUUCCAUGCUGCCAGCUGAUCAAGCCGAAGAGGCUAAUAUGAUCGAAACGAGAGGGCUUAAAGAAGACCCAGAGACGCUGCUGCCUCCCUUUCCAGACAGUCGUCCUGAUACACUUACCCAGGAAGACCUUGCUCCUGUUAUCGAGGCCCUCGCUCACCGAAAACCGCCCUCUGACCAACCUGAGGUACCUCAGCUUCCACAAGAACAUGACCUCGGUUUGGAUUUGGAGACCCUGCCUGCUCUCCCAGAAAGCCGCCCUGACACGCCCAUCCUGGACGACUUCGCUCCCGCUGCCGAGCGCCUGACGAUUGAGGGACUGUCGCUUGACCAUGGUGGACAACAUCCUCUCGCGCAAGAACAAGACCUCGAACAGGAUUUGGAGACGCUGCCUGCUCUCCCAGAAACGCCCCCUGAUUCGCCUGCUUGGGAAGCACCUCACGAGAGCACACCUCGCCAGCAACUGCCCAGCCCAGUUCUGCCAUAUGUCGCUGUUGCAGCUGCUGCCGCACAAAAACUAGACCUAAAAGAUUUGCCUCCACUUCCAGAGAGCAGCCCUGGAUCGCCCCUCGAGGCAGAGUUCGCUCCAUCUCAAGCAGCGGAGACGUCUCCAGCGCCGCCAUCACUGGCCAGGCCUAUUUCAGAGUUGGCCGCUCUGACGCAAGAGCGAGCUUUUGAUGAUGCACUGGCAGAGCUGCCACCGCUGCCGGAAAGUCAACCAUGUUCGCCUGUUGUUGCGUCCCCUCCGGCUGAAGUUGUCGACCUCCAGCCUAUCAUCGAUCAGGCUGUACCCGCGCGAAAGGAUAGGGGCCUUGAGCUGACUUUGAACCAGUUGCCGCCCCUGCCGGAGAGCCGACCUGGUUCACCUCUUGAGCUUGGACCUGUUCCAGAUGAAGUGUUUGAAAUCCAACAUACCGUUGAGCAAGUUGUUCCUCCGCAGCAUCGACGCCUUGAACAAGAUUUGGACGAUCUACCUCCUCUUCCAGAGAGUCGCCCUGCCUCGCCUGCUGAGGUCGAAACUGCUCAAGCUGAAGCUUCCGAACUCGGUCCUUCCGUCUACCAAGCCGUUCCUUCACAGGAAGAUGGAGGGCUGGAGGCAAAUUCGGAUGGGUUGCCGGCCCUUCCAAAACGCCGCGCGAAUUCACCCCUUGAGCUUGACAAUGCUCCAGAUCCGGCUUUCGGAUUCCAGCGUGCCGUCGAGCAAGCUGUUCCUCCGCAGCAUCAAGGCGUAAUACAAGAACUGGGCGAUCUGCCUCCUCUUCCGGAGAGCCGCCCUGCUUCCCCCGAUAGGGAAGAUGCAGAUCAGCGUGAGAUUUCCAGGAAUCAGCUUGUCGCUGUGACGACCGCCCCGGAGCGAGUCUCCGAACCAAACUUGGACGACCUGCCUCCGCUUCCUGACAGCCGCCCUGAUACGCCUGUCGAGGCCGAAGAGAUACUGGUUCAAGUCGAGGCUACUGAGCCUCAGUCUGUCGCUGGAGAGGCCGCCGAAGAGGGAGGGGUUGAUCAAGACCUUGUUCAGCUGCCUCCUCUUCCUGAAAGCCGCCCAGAUUCUCCCACGAAUGGGUCGAUGUUGCAAGUUUCUGCCCCUGAGACAUCAGCGCCAAGCUCUCAGCUUGACAAGACGCAUGCUACAAGGGCGCUUCAGCCAAGUCUCAGCCAAGAGUCAACAAUACAGGAACGGGAUUUCGCUGAACAGCCUUCGAAGGAAAGCCAGUCCCAUCAACCCUACGAACCACCGUCUACCUAUGAGGAGCUCAAGAUCGCUGCCUCCCCCAAACGGACACCAACUCCUCCUCCUACGCGCUCCCUUGGUAAACGGGAGGCUUGGGAUGCGGCCGGGAAAGAUAAAUUCGGCUUGCUGGCAGCUUCCGCUCUUGCUGCGGGUGCUGCCGCCGCAAGUGGCUUGGUGGUUGCGCAGAUGCGUCAUGACAGUCCCCAGGCCGACAUGCAACGCCUCAAGCACGACAGGACAGACACACCCACCUACGACCAAACAGAGAGCGUCUACUCUUUCAAUGAGGAUGCUGCUUCUACAAUCGCGGCAACUGAGGCGCCGACCUACCUAUCUGGCUCGACCUUCUACGAGACCCAGCAUGAACCUGGGAAACCGGAGGACUCCCCACCACAGCCUGGCACGCUCGGUUAUCCCCUGAGUAAGACUGGCCAGAAAUCUCACACUCAGGAAGAUGAGCGGGCUUCUAUUGGUGCUACUUCUCCUUUUACAAAGGGCAAGAAGGGUAGCAAAAAGGAGGUUUCUUGGAUCGAGCCUGAGACCGAGAGUCCACAGCAGAGCCAGGCUGGCGAACCCUCCGUCCAGCCGGUGCCUACUUCAACUGUUGAACCAACCGGCUUCUCCGACGUUCAGGAAACGACUCCCACUGCGGACAAGAAAGGCGGGAAAAUGAGGAAGGCUAAAAAGGUCAAUUCCGGCUUGGAGCCAGAAGAGGAUCCGCAGCCGCAUGCAAGUGACGCUAGCCCUGAGAAGGCUCCGGCCGAGUCAGCGACCGAACAACGGGACCCUCGGCGGGCCGCCCUGCCCGCCGCUGCAGCAGCAGGAUCAGAUAAGCAGAACUACCCCAGCCAAAGUCGGGCGCAGGCUGAUACCGCACGCGCCGAGUCAACGAAGGCGAAGAAAGGUAUCUGGGGCUCUUCCUUCUCGAUGCUUCCCUCCAUCGCUGGCGGCGUUGGCUCUCUUUUCGGCAUCGGGAAGCGUAGCUCCACUCAGGCGGAGGAUCAAGAGGGCGGGAAGCGCGAAAUCCAAGGUCAGCCGGAGUCCAGAUCAGCUUGUGAUGUCCUUCCCAUGCAGGGCGAUGACCCAAAACAACAACACAGCACCGUGGAGCCGCGGAAGGUGCCCAAAGCCCCACUCCAGCCGCCAAGUUUAGGCGAGUCCAGCAGCCAGAUCCCCAGUGUGGGGCAUGCAACGGGCAUGCAUGAACCCCCUGACAGCGACAAAUCAGGGGUCGACACGGCAAGCGGCACGCUAGACACCGCUGUUUGCGUACCCAACGAGCAGGCCCCUGCCCCCGGAAUUCCCACCCUCGGCGCUGUCGACGAGGCGACGCCCUCGGAAGCAACAGCACACCUCGAGCUGGCUCUGGGCAGCCCUGCCCAGCCACGCGAGGGGCAACAAGGUGAGCAGCCAGAUGAAAACGGGCAUCGCUUGCCAGACCAGUCCCAGGUGUUUACAACACCAUACGACACCCAUAAAUCACUUCUCAACACUGCCUUCGCCGCUGAUGCCGGCGACGAAUCAACCGAUGCCAUGGGAAAGAAGGCCAAGAAACAGCAGCGCAAGGACGCCUCCAAGACCGCACCCAAGGAUGAGCCGACACCACAGGGACCUGCACAAGUGACGGCACCUCCACCAGCGCCGUCAGUUGUCAUUGAGGCUGUCCAAGGGGACGCUGGCCCUGAACUGCCGGCCGAGUCCGAGAAUUUUGCGGCCAAUGAACCCGGCUCGGUAACCAAACAGGCUGCGGAAAAUGUGGUGCCAGCUGAACCCUCUGGGAAGAAUGGGAAGAAGGCCAAGAGCAAGAAGCAGGCUGCAGCUGAGGGUGGUGCGAUGGCUGAUGUUGUGGCUACUGUCGAACUUCCUAUUGAAACUGUUGGGCAGGAGGCGGCAAGAGCGCCAACGUCAGAGGAGGCGACACAAGCGCCAACAUCAGCGUCCGUAGCCGUCGCCAGCCAGGAAGAGAGUGCGGGCAUGAAGACUGUUGGCACUCCAGCUGAGGCGCCGCAGGAAGAAUUGCCAUCCGAGCCAGCAUCUUCUGCGAAGAAAAGCAAGAAGAAAAAGAAGAAGCAGGCCAGCCAGGAUUCAUCUGAGCCACCAGUCGAUCUCGCCACAGCAGAAAGCGCAUCCGAACCUGCUGAUGCCCAAAAUUUGGAGACCGUCUCGGAACAGGCACUCCUUACAGACUCAUCUCAGCCAGAACCAUCCACGGUGACGGAGCCAGGCGCCUUGGAGCAGGCAGCAACCGCACCGGCCCAGGACGAUGCGGUGUCUGAGCCAAGCGGUGGUGGAAAGAAGGCCAAGAAGAAGAAAAAGAAGGCAAAAGAGGCGGCCUCGUGCCCGGAGGACUUGCCCCAAUCUGCCGAGCCUGCACUUGACCCCGAAGGACAAUCUUCCCCACCAGUCGACGAGCCCUUGGCUUCUCAAGGAGACGCCUGUCCCGAGAUCGAAGAGGCACGUGCUUCAGUCGCCAAAGACGAGAAGCCCAAAGAUCAAGGUUCGCUUUCACCGGAGACUGAAAGCCCCUGUACUGUCACUGAGCCUUCAACAUCGGAGGAGAUUCUGCCUGUACCAGUCAUAGAUGAAGCACAGGAAGUUCAAGCCAGAGCCCCGGAUCUCGCACCCGAGCAACAGGCGGAGGACACGGAUGAUACCCUCCCGGCUGCGUUGAGCAAGAGGGAGAAGAAGAAAAAGCGGCAGAGCGUCACCUUCGCGGAGCCUCUUGAGGAGCACCUAGGCUCCACCAAAGCAAGAGGUGAGGACGACAACAAACAAAAGGCCGAGGACUCGAAGAACUCAGUCUCCGAGGUUUCCACGGUUUCCCCGCAAAGCGGCAACUCCCUUGAUGAGCUACCUGCGCAAUCCGAGGCCCAGAGUCCCAGCGCUCAAGAACCUACCGAGCCGCCCGCCUUACGGUCCCUAGAUCAGUCGACAGAGAGUGAGAGUGCCGGCGAAGUUGUUGUUGGCCAGGAGACUGAGCAACUGGACACGCCUCAACCAGACGCCGAAAUUCAGGAAGUGUCGGAUGGAAGAUCUCUAACCGAACCAUCCCCAGCUGCUAUUGAGGCCGAGUCUCCAGUUUCUUCGCAGACGGCGAAGAAAGACAAGAGAAAGAAGAAGCGCAAGAGUCUUCUGGAGCCGGAAACUGAGCAGUUGACGAUGCAGUCCACAGAGCCACUCUCCGGUGAACAAGGUGACAAUCCGAGUCUCGCCUCUGGUGUCAACGCCCCACCAGAAACCGCUGGCAGGACCACUGAACCAGUGACAAGUGGUGCAGUCAGUGCCGAGUCUGAACCAAUAGCAGUCACUGCAACCGCCGACCAGCAGCAACCGGAGCCACUCGUCAGCCGGGAGCCUGACCUUGAGCCCACUGGGUCUCAAUCAAGGCAGGAUAAGAAGGACAAGAGCAUAACAAUUCACGACAAUCCCGGCCUUGAAUCGCCCCCUGAGCUGGCUGAAGCCUCACCCACUGCUCAGGCCGCUGUCGAUGAGACGCACUCAUUCGCGCUACAGGACACUGCAGCCCAACCAACUGAGACUACUGAGGAAGAACAGCGAGCAACGCCUUUCGUUGAAACACCGGAUGAGGCCCAAUCCGCCGCUCUUCAUGAACCAGUUUCCGCGUCCAACUCAGACCCUCAACCCGAGUCCACGUCGCAAGAUAUGCCGCGCCAAAGCGAGGAGGAGCGGUCUCCUUACAGUCUCCUCAACAAGAAUAAGAAGAAGAGGAAGAAGCCCAAAGCUGAUGCCGAGCCAUGGCCCCUCGGAUCCCCAGAGCUGCCCCGGCAAGAGCCGCCGGAAAUCCCCUUUGAGAGUCGCGAGAUAGAGCGCAUGCUCAAGCAGCUCAGCACUGUCGAGGAGGAAACCGAGCCGCCCUCCGAGUACGCAGAGAGUGAUGCUCGCUCGCUCAUAUCCCGCGAUGACAACAAGAUUCCGCAAAGGCGCAAGUCGACGGUCUCUGAAUCUUCCCGGACCAUUUCUUCUCUGCCUGACACAGAGGCCGUUACCGACACUCAUGAUGGUGGUGACGCCGGGGAAGCCGGGGAGAGCCGUGCAUAUUCGCUCAAGAAGGCAACUGGCAAGAAGGACAAGGAAAAGAAAGACAAGAGAAAGCGCAGGGGAUCUGCCUGGGAUGAGCCAUGGCCAAGCAGUGAAGCGUCCGGUGCUGAGGAGUAUGCCGAGCCACUUCCUGAGGGAGCAGACAAGGCUGUUGACGAUUUCGAGCCUCAGCCUGCACCAGAAGCUGAGCCUGUUAUCGAUGAGGCCCAAGUAUCAAGCGGAAAAGACGUGGAAGAAGCGCCCGAGGUGGCCCCUGUUGAGGACGAGCAGGUCGAGAAGGAAGUCCCUCAGGAGGAUGUGCCCAAGGGGGACGCUCAAGUCAUUCCAGAGGCACUGGCUGAGCCUGCCUCUGAGGCGACUACUCAAUAUACGGCUGAACCGCCCACUGAAGAGGCGGAAAAGGCUCCUUCCGAUAACGAGACCACCCUGACUAUCCCACCAGAACCGGAGCUCCUCCAGAAUUCCGAGAACACCCAGCCAGCACAAGAGUCCGAGACGAAGGCUGGUUCAGAAGUCGCCGUCGGCAAGAAGUCAAAGAAGGGCAAGAAAAAGAAACAGGCGUCACAGUCACAAGAGAGUCUGCUGGAGCCCGAGCCAGCCAGCCCAGCUGUGGAACCCGCCACCGAAGCCGCCACUCCGGCGACAGACGAGACAGCGGCGGAGACGAGUUUCCAAGAGCUUAUCAGCAUCAGCGCCGAACAAGCGGUUGAAGCAAAUGCCGAGGGAUCGGUCUCUGAGGCUGCUCCGUCGAAGAAAUCAAAGAAGGACAAAAAGAAGGCUAAGAAGGCGACCAAGGAGCAAAGCCAGGCUGAUGUUCAAGCUUCUGCCGCCGAGGUGACUGCCUCUGAGGAGCUCAUGCCAGCUGUAGAAUCAGUUUUGGAACCCGUGCCUACCGAGCAGCAGAUGCCAUCCACCGAGCCAGUUCAUGAACCGUUGCCUACCGAGCAGCCUGGUUUCACCGAGGAACCAACUGUCGUCCAAGAGCUCACCGUUGCUGAGGCUACCAUGCCCGCCCGAGAAUCUCCGGCUGUUGAGGAGCCUGUUGCCGAAUCACAGCCUGAAGCAGUGUCAUCCCAGCUACAAGACGAGCCGACCAAGCCUUCUGAAGUCGAAUCUCAAGCACAAGCUCCCGCCGAGACCGCUGUUGGAGAGACUGCCCUCUCACGCAAGAAAUCAAAGAAGGACAAGAAAAAGAAGAAGGGGUCUCCACUGCCGGAAUCUGAGCCUGCAUCUGAAGCUGCAUCUGGGCCUGCGUCUGAGCCCGCCGCAGCUGUCCCGGAAGCUGUCAGCUCACCUCUAUUGGCGGACGUUAAAGGACCUGCGCAGGACACUCCUGAGUUUAUGUCUGAGGCUGUUCAAGAAGUUACAGAGCCCACUGAGGUACCUAGCACAACCCGAGAGGCGCCCAUCGAAGAGUUUGUGGAAGGGCCCACCAAGAAGUCAAAGAAGGACAAGAAAAAAAAGUGCGCGGUUCAGUCUGAGUCUGAGACUACUUCUCUCAUUGAGACAGCAGCUGUUGAGGAGUCCACCUCGCCUGCACCAAGCCCAGACCAAGAAGCUGCGCAGAAGGUGGCCGAGCUUCCUGAAGAAGUUCAAGAGACUCCUGAGCAAACUAGACCCGAAUCAGAUGCUGUGCCCACCCCAGAUGCGCCCGAGGCUAUCGCUGAGACUUUUCAGGGGACUGCACUAUCCGAGGUUGCUCCCGUCGAAGAACUGGCUGUUCAGGAAUUGCCGUCCAAGAAGAGCAAAAAGAAAAAAAAGGGCAAGGGUUCCAAGAGUGCGGGAUCUGAGUCUGCUUCUGGCACAGCAACCCCUAGUGUGGAAGAGCCAAACCCUCUUGCGGAGCCUGAAACGGUGCCUGUGAUUGUCCUGGAACCCAGCAAGCUCGAGCCGGUUGCCUCUGGGCCGAUACAAGAAUUUCAAACCGUCAUCACCGAAGAGACGCCUCUGCAGCUUGCUGAGGAGGUUCAAUCACCGGAGCAGAGCCAACCGCAACCUGAGUCCACACCAGAGGUGGCGCCGGCCGCACCGCAGGAGGCACCAGUUGAGGACGCUCCAGAAACGCCCGUCAAAGGCAAGAAGGCUAAGAAAAAGAAGAGCAAGGGCGGCAAGGUUGCAAAAUCUGAAUCGGCUUCGGGCACUGCAACGUCACUGGUGGAAGAGCCAGCACUUGCUACAGAACCAGAGCCAGUGACUGAGGUCGUUCAAAAUCCUGAGCCACUCGUCGUUGAAGAGACUGCCAUGCCGGCGGCGGAGGAAGACAAGCCCUCUGAAGAAGCUACACUACGAAGCGAUUCUGUGCAGGAAGACUCGCCUGCUGAUGAUGCUCCAGCCAGAGGAAAGAACAGCAAGAAGAAGAAGGGAACAGUUGCCAGAGCCGCUGAGUCCGAAACUGCUGCCGAUACUGAAGCGGCGCCUUUAGAAGAGGCAGCUCCUGCUGUUGAGGAUCCCGCUAUUGCCGUCGAGGACCUAUUACCCACCGUGGGGGAACCAGAUGCCGCUGUUGCUGAGGAGGCAGCACCUAUUGUUGAGCAGCCUGAACCAGCUGCCGAGGAACUCAGCCACCCGGAGAAAUCAGUCACCCCCUUGGAAACUGAGGCAGAGCUUGCCACGGAGGUGACCCAACCUGUGCCUGAGCCAGAGCCCGUUCAGCAAGAGCCAUCUCCCGAGGAGGUGCAGGAGACGCUGCCUAGCAAGCAGGCCAAGAAGAAGAAGAAGGGCAAGGGUUCCAAGGUUCUUAAACCUGAACCCGAGGUCGGUUCUACCGCUUUUUCGCCGGCUCCGGAGGAGCAGCCUGCCAUCAUCGACGAGUCGGCGCCGAUCGUUGACGAGGCAUCUCCUGUUGCAGAGGAGGCCAUCAGCGUCCCGGAAGAGCCAAGCACGCCUGUCCCCGACGUCCCCAGUCCGCCCCCCCCCGAGGUGCCAAACGAGUCCGUUCCUGAAGCUCCAAGCGACCCGUUUUCCGAAGAGCCGUCAGUCACCCCCGAGGCGGAUGUGCCUUCUACUCAGCCAACCAAGAAGGGCAAGAAGGACAAGAAGAAAAAGAAGGGCAAGGGCUUUCAAGUUGUUGAGCCUGAAUCUCAGGCCGAGGAGUCCGGACCUGCCACGCCGUCCCCGGAGGAACCGCCCGCACUCGCUGAGGAGCCCCCGGCGGUAGUCGAAGAACCCGCUCCGGUUGUUGAAGAGCCCGCUCCCGCCGUUGAAGAACCUACCCAUACCGUGGAUGAGUCCAGCGCUGUUGUCCAAGAGCCCGUCGUUACCGUUCAGGGGCCUGAGGUAAUAACCCGCUCUGCCACGGAAGUGGUCUCGCCAACUCCCGAGACAGCAUCACAGGAGAAUCAGCCCGAGGAGCCGCAGAUCAAGAAGUCAAAGAAGAAGGGCAAGAAGGGCAAGAGCAACAGUACCGAGGUCGAAGCCGUUCUUCAGACGGAGAACCAGACCACGCCGGUUUUUGAGGCUGCCUCAAACCCCGCUGGGGAACACAUUGCUGUCGUGGAAGAACCUAUCCCGGUUCCUCCAGUCACGGAUCCAGUUACACCAGCAACUGAAUCCAGCACUGGGGCGGACGAGCCCAUCGCCGUUCCUUCGAUCGAGGAGCCCGUGGCGCCAGCAGAAAAUAUCGGCGCCCCUGCUCCCGCUCCAGAAGAGACAACGACAGGGCCCCAGACGUUACAGCCAGCACAGGUGGAGGACAAGGCCGCCGCUACGACCCAGACCAAGAAAGUGAAGAAAAAGAAAGGCAGAAUUGCGGCACUCAUGUCGAUCUUUGAACCUCAGCCUGCGGAGGUGCCUCCUCCGGUAAAAAGGCCAACCGCAAUUGAAAAAAAAGCCGAUCCAGUGGAUAAAGCUGCCCGUGUUGAGGAAUCCGCCACUGCCGAGGGUGCCACUCCAGUCGAAGAAGCUGCUCCUAUUGCCGAAAAAUCCGCUCCUGCCGAAGGGAUCGUUCCAGUUGAGGAGACGGCUCCUAUUGUCGAGCAAUCUGCCGCUGCCGAAGAAACCGUUCCCGUCGACGAGACUGCUCCAGAUGUCGCACCAAUCGCUCCUGCCGAAGACGCUGUUCCUGUCGCAAAGUCCGCUGCUGUUGAGAAGAGCGACACUGUUGAGGAAACCGGCCCUGUUCCGGGAGAACCCAUCGACGCACCAGUCGGUCUCCCAGAGGAAGCCCAAUCCGAGUCUCCUUUGCAGGAGACGCAGGCUGACGACGAGUGGGCUGCCCCUGCGAAAAAGUCCAAAAAGAGCAAGAAAAAGAAGGGCAAGGGCGCAAAGACCGACGCACCGGAACCCACUUCUUCUGAAGGCUCGGCUCCUGUGGAGGAGCCGGUCCAUGUCCCGGAUGAACCCGCCACGAUCCCCGAGCAGCCACCCGCGUCGCAGGAAGCAGAGCCAGUGGUACGUUCAGAACUUCCCGUUGAGCCAACAACAAUUGAAGAGCCAGAAUCUGUUGUGGUCCAAGAGGCCAAGUCAGUCGAGCCGACUCAGGAGGCGCAGCUCGAGCUUGAACAGAUUCCCGAAGUCACCUCGAAGAAGUCCAGCAAGAAAAAGAAGGGCAAGGGAUCCAAGACGGCCGAGUCUGAGUCGUCUGGUACAAGCACGCCUGCCAUCAUUCAGGAGCCGGGCCCUGUUGUAGAGGAACCUGUUCCCCAGGAGCUCACCGUCGAUGCUCCGGUAGAGCGUCCAGUGGAAAUGUCCGAGUCACUCCCAGCCGAGUUUCCCGAACAGUCCUCAUCUGUCAUCGUUGAGGAGCCCGUCUCACUGUCGGAAGCAAUCGAGCAGCCUUCAGUCACUGUUGAGGAACCGGCUUCGGUGCCCGAAACGUCUCGUCCAGAGCAGCCCGAGCAAAGCCUGGACCUCCCCGCCAAGAAAUCCAAGAAAGACAAGAAGAAGAAAAAGGGGUCCAGAAUUCUUGAUUCUGAGGCUAGCUCUGAGCUUGCCGCGCCUGGAGUUGAGGAAGUCCCUGCCGCGGAGGAACCGCCGGUUCCUCAAGAACUUGUCUCCAAACCAUCACCACUUAAGGCGACAACAACUGAACAGGCCCCUCGCGUGGAAGAACCGACACUUUUCCAGACGCCUGUUGCCGAACUUCCAACUCCUGAGGCAGCGACAACUGAGCAACCCCCUCCCGCCAUCGUUGAAGAGGCCAGCACAGCUCCUGAAACUCCUCAAGAAUCGCAGCCUCAAGAGACAAUUGAGUUGCCGGCCAAGAAGAAGAAAGUAAAGAAGGGCAAGAAGGCAACUCUCGAGUCUGAGACUGUCUCCACUCCAACCACGCCUUUGGCUGAGGAGCUAGCUCCUGUUGCGCUGGGGGAGCCGGUCAAUACAGGAGAAGCCGUGGUCGAGUCUUCAGAACAUCUUGGAGGGACAAUCACUGAACAGGCUCUCACUGCUGGGGAUCAAGAAACCUCUUUUCCGGAUGUGCCACAGGAUACGCAGCCUGAGACGAGCGCGGAAUUGCCUGGAAAGAAAGAGAAGGGCAGGAAGGAAACGAAGGCGGCGCCUGAGCCCGAACCUGAGCUUGAUGCUAAUGCUGCGAUGCCCGCUGUUGACGAUACUAUUGCUGUUGUCGACGAACGCAAUCCUGUCGUCGAAGAGCCAACUGCUUCCGAAGAGCAAACUCUUGAGCCUUUCCAAUCUCUUGACAACAUAACACUUGAGGAGUCAACUUCUGACCCCAGCAUCGAUGGACCCCCGGCGGUACCAGAGAUUACCCCUGAACCGCAGGCUGAUGACGGCUUUGACAUCCCCAGCAAGAAGAGCAAGAAAUCAUCAGCCUCUGAGAGCCCUUCCGGUGAUGCCACUCCUGUUGUUGAAGAACAGCCUUCUCUGGCCGAAACUGAGGUUCCGGUUCAGGAAUCGCCGGUUGCAGGAAUACCAGACAACGAAGAGUCGGCUGGUGAUUUGGCGAAGGAUGCGCCGGAAACCUCGCCAGCGGAACCGCGGGCAGAGGAAGUCUCGGCACAACCAAGCAAGAAGUCCAAGAAGAAAAAGAAGAAAGGUUCCAAGGUUUCGAAUUCUGAACCUGCUUCUGGCACAUUGACUCCUGCGCAAGAGGUUGCCGAGCUUCAACUUCAAGAGGCGGCGCCUGUCGUUAUAGAAGGCGCCCAGGAGUUCGCUGAGGCAAAAGAGGAGCCGCAGGCGAGCAUUAGCGAAGCCCAGCUACUGGCUACAGAGCCCGAGGUUGUGAGUCUACUCGUUGGAGAUGGGCAUCCAAAGGCCAAUAAGUUGCUAACUAAGCUGCAGCAAUCCGUUGCUUCUGAGGCUGCUCCUAUGGAAGAGGCUGCUCCCGUUGUCAUAGAUGUCGCUGAGCCCCAGCAGCCCAUGGAGACAGCAGCCGAACCCUCUGAAGUUCAACAGCCAGAAACACCGGCUGAUGAUCUCUCUGUCGCGACCAAGACAAGCAAAAAGGGCAAGAAGAAAAAGAAGGGCAAAAACAAAUCUCCCGAGCCUGAGCUCGAGCCUGAGCCCGAGCUCAAAAUGCCCAUCGUCCCUGAGCCAGAGGUAUCCGGACCUCUUGCCGGUCCAAAGACGGAGCGCGACACGACGGUUCCGGAGCCGGCUGUCGUUGAGGAUGCACAGCUAAGCGCGGCUCUCGAGACGCCUAAAGAGGCUCCCGAGCUCGUCCAGUCUGAAGUGCAGCCUGAGGUCACGGAAGCGGCCCCGUCCGAGACCCAGCCCAAUGUCCCGGUGGAGGAACUGCAGGUUGUGCCUACCAAGAAGAGCAAGAAGGACAAGAAGAAGAAAGGCAAGGCGUCCAAGGCUGUCGAGCCUGACCUUGAACCGGAAGCGGAACCUGCUGAGCCGGGAGCUGGCGUUUCAUCAGAGCAUGCCUCGGAUCCUACUCCUGAGGUUGCACCCGAGCCCGAGUCAAUCUCCAUCAUUCAUGAAGCUGCUGCUGAUUCCACGGCCGCCGAGGAGUCAGCUCCAGGCUCAACUGAAGGGGCCGUUCCCACCGUCGAGACUCCCGUUCCAUCGCCUGUGCUCGAACUCCGAGAUGCUCUCCAACAGCAAGCACCAGAGAAAACCCCACAAGAGGAACCCGACGACUCAAGGACUCUGCCUGCUGCAAAGAAGGCAAAGGAAGACAAAAAGAAGGGCAAGGGCAAGAUCGCUGAGCUCAUGUCCCUUUUUGAAUCUGGAUCUGCGAACCCCCCUGAACUUCUCCCCGAGGUUGAGAGAGAGAUUGCUACUGAGCCUGCUUUCGAGCCCGUUCCCGAGCCUGAGCUCACGGCCAUUCCUCAAGCAGCCAUUACUGAGCCGACGGAGGUUUUACUGCCAAGCGUUGCCGCCUCUGAGGGGGAACUUACAAGCAGCAUUCAGGAACCCAGUCAAACACCCGCUUCGGAAGUUCAAAACGUCCAGCUAGAAGACGUUAUUGUCGCGUCAGAGCAGCAGGCGGAGGAAACAGGGGUUCCACCGGCGAAGAAGGGCAAGAAAGCCAAGAAAGGGAAGAAGAACAAAGCCACCUCGCCUGAGCCUGUCCUUAAGCUUACGCCAGACCCUAUUCCUGACACUGUCGCCGAGCAUCAUCCACAGCCAGAACAAGCCAUUGAGCCUGCCCCCGAGUCGGCGGCUGAGCCAGAGCAAGCAGUCCCCGAGCCCCAAGUGUCGUCCAUUGUGCCAGUUAUCCCAGAGGAAGAGCCUGUCGCUUCCAUCGAAGAGCAGGCUCAGGAAGCGAUCUCAGAAGCCACAAAUCUUCAGCCAGAGGACCUUGAAGCCACAACGGAGGAGCAGCCUGAGGAAGCGCGGGAUGUGCCGACCAAGAAGGGGAACAAGGGUAAAAAGAGUAAGAAGAAUAAAGUCGCCGAACCAGAAUUCCAUCCGGAUCCAACCCUCGAGCUUCCUACUGCCACCGAGCAAAUUCCUGAGCCCGUCCCUGAAACGGCCUUUGACCCCGAGUCUGGCGUUGUCUCCAGACAACUCGUCAGCGAGCAUGAGGUGUCGGCGAACGACGUUCCUGGUUCUGAAGGGCCUAGUCAGGAGCAAGCCCUAGAGGCCAAACCAGAAUCCACGGAUAUCCUGCCGCAGGAUCUUGACUCGACAUCGAAGCAACAGCUUGAGGAAACAAUGGAUGUGCUAACCAAAGCGGGCAAAAAGGACAAGAAAAAGAAGGGCAAAGGCAAGGUUUCUCCUCCUGGGCUUGAGCUGGAGUCUGCUCCUUCGCCUGAACCCAUCUCUGAGCCCCCGGCCGAGCCUGAGAGCAGCGCCGCGCCUGACCAACCUGCCACCGAGCUUGCAACUCCGGCCAUUGCUGUCGAGGGAACCGUGAUUGCUCGUCAGCAACCCAGUGUGGAACCUACACAAGAGGGUACGGACGCCCAGCCAAAAGAGACUGAGCUGGCAUCAGCCUCGCAGCCACAGCCCGGGGAGUCCUGGGAUAUCCCUAGCAAGAAGGGAAAGAAAGACAAGAAGGGAAAAGGCAAGAAUAUAACGACCGCGCCUGAGCCUGAGCCUGAGCCAGAGUCCCAGGCGGCCCCCAUCACCGAAGUCCCUGAAGUCGAGGAUGCUACUGCAUCCGCUCCCGGGCAAGAGACGCCGAUUCCUGUGGAUAUUCCUACUGAUGUUCCAACAGAAGCUGCUGCGUCACCUGAUUUGGAGCGCAAUCUGGGCGUUGCCGCCGAGCCUGCCAUGGAAACGGUUUCGCAACUUAUGAUCGAGGCCGCUCUCGAAUCCGUCCCCGAACCGGCCAUGGAGCCUGUCGUCGAGCCUGUCACAAAGGUCGCUCCGGAGCCUAUUAUCGGAACCGUCACGGAGGCUACUCCCGAGCCUUCAGCCAAGCCUGUCGAGGAAGCUGUCGUUGAACCAGUUACGAAGGUCGCGCCUGAACCCGUUGCGCAACCUGUUGUUGUUGAGCCUCCUGUUCAGCCUGUUACUGAGGUCACACCAGAGCCUGGAAUUGAAGCUGCCAUUGAAGCCGGCCUUUAUCCUACCGUUGAACCUGUCAUGGAGCCCGCUGUCGAGCUUGUUACAGAUGCCCCAGCGAUCACGGAGGUUGUUCCGGCGCCUCCGACCCAAAUAGCUGAGGAAGCUGUCGUUGAACCAAUGACGGAGGCCGCUCCCACAUCCGUUGUGGAGUCUAUUGUUGUACCUCCUUUCCAGCCCGUUACCGAGGCCAGUCCAGAACCCGUCAUUGAAGCUGCCACGGAACCCAAGCCUGCGGUUGAGCCUACCGCCGAGCCUAUCCUAGAGUCAACUGCGGAACCAGCGUCUGAUCCUGUUGCUGAAUCCAUCCCUCAAGUCAGCCAAGGGCCGCAGGAGGACGCGUGGGCGCUGCCUACCAAGAAGUCAAAGAAGGACAAGAAACGCAAGGGCAGCAAACAAGCACCGCUUGAGCCAACUCCCGAGGCAGGGGCUGUCAGCGCACUCCCGCUCCAAGAUGAAACAACCUCAGAGCCCGCCGCAGAGCCCCGGGCCACUCGAGAGCCCGCGAUCGGCAAUGAUCCGGCCGAAACUGUCAGCCAAGAAGCAGCGGCCGACGACAUCUGGGCCGAGCCGGCCAAGAAGUCAAAGAAAAGCAAGAAGAAGAAGGGCAAGCAAACGACUCUAGAGCUCGAGACCGACACCAGGUCCACGGUGACCGCCGAGGAGGUCCUCGAUGUCCCUGAACCAAGGGACGUGUCCCUUGAUGAAGACGAGGCAGUUUUUGGCGGGCCGAGCCGCGAGGACGGUGAGGCUUCGCCGGUCAAGGAAGCUAAAGCUGAGAAGACUGCCUUCGCCGUGUCUGGCAAGAAGGGAAAGAAGAAGAAGGGUGAGAAGACGGCUGUUGAGGCUGAGGAUCUUGAGACAGUUGCGCCUGUGGCUAUUGAGAACGCUGUCGAGGAGAUGACGACCGUUUCGGUGCCGGUUCAAGUCGACGAGGCCUCUGUUCCUGAACCUGUUCGCGCCCAUGAAGCCCCUGCUGAGGUUACUGCACCUGCUGUCCUCGACGAGACACGAGCGGUUCCGGAGCCGAUGCAGAUUGAGAAACCCACUGUUCCCGAAGUUGUCCACACCGAGGAGACGACUGCCGAGGUUGCUGUACCUACCAUUCUCGAAAAGACACCGGCGAUUCCGGAACCGGUCCAAAUCGAGGAGACACCUGUUCUUGCUGAUCAAGUCGAGGAGGCGACUGCUGAUGUUGUUGAGCCUACCACUCUUGCGGAGACACUAGCGAUUCCGGAACUAGUGGAGGUUGAGGCCCCUGUCUCUAACCCUGUCAAACUCGAGGUGACGCCUGCUGUGCCGGAGCUGGUUCAAGCCGAGCAGGCAGCGCCCUCCACCGGGGCUACUCAAACUGAGCCACCGACAGCCCGUGAGGUGGAGGGAAAGAAGGCCGACUCGAUGAGUGCUUCUGGCCUAGAAACUCCGAAGGAUCAAGAGGAGACGUCUGCCGCUGAUGUCCUGCCCGCUGCAGCGCUUGCUAGUGCCGUUGCUGCGGGCAUUGCUGGUCUCGCUGGCGAUGAUGUGUCGAUGCCAAAGGAGGAUACUGAAGAGGACAUUUGCUCCGUCAGCAGAGAGAGCAAGAAAGACAAGAAGGGAAAGGGCGAAAGGGAGGUCACAGUGCCUGACGAUGAACCAACUGUUUGGAGCUCAGCGAAGGAAGCUAGCAGAGAAGUUCAAAAAGUCCCGGCCGACGUCGGAAACCAGCCCGACAUGGCCGAAGCCGUGCUUCCUGCCACCAUUGAACCGACCAGUGACCUCGAGGAAAACAAGGCAAGCAGUCGCCCUCAGACCCCCGUCGCCGACAAAGUCGAAAUCGAUCCGGCCGUCUCAGAGGCCCUACGCCGGUCACCAGCACCAGCACCCGCACCCGCACCAAUGACAAUCGGCCUCGGCUUGAUCCCCAACCCGCCGGAACCCUACCCCGAAGACGCUCCGUCACCCAAGCUAUUAACGGCACUCGAGACUCCCCCCCUGUCGCUCGAUGCGCAGGUCGAGGAAGCGGCGCGGCAGCUCGGCGGCGCGGACGUGAAGCCGGCACAGGACAGCAGAAGCGUUGAGCACGAGCCGCCGUUUGACUAUGACGCUCACCGCAAGAAGAUCAAGACAACGGAAGUCGAGGGGACGGUCAUUGCGAUGCCGGUGAUUACUGCGAGAGACGUAGAGGAAGUGUGUCUUGCUCAGGAGAAUGUGAUGGAGAAAGGUCCCGCCUCUGAUGAAGUCCAGGAAGGGAUCGAGAAGGAGGGGAAUGAUGCACUUUCUGCGACGGCGGGUGCGCUCACAGGGAGUGUUUCGUUGUUGGCUGAGACGUUUGGGGGUGGGAAGGAGAAGGGCAAUGAAAAGGUGAUGGUUGAGGUGGAGGCAUCGGGGGAGAUGCUUGAUGAGGAGAAGGUGGAGGCUGAGAGGACAAUGGCGCGCGGCUCAGGACCUACGAAGAUGGUGAUCGACAAACAGGAGGUGAAGAUGAGCAGCGGAAAUGCAGUGCAACACGGCUCGGAGCCGGCAAAGAUGGAGGUGGAUGAACAGGGGGCGACGAUGAGAACCGAAGAUGCAGUGGAGCAGAGCUUUGAGCCAGCGAAGAUGGAGGUGGACGAGCAACCCAACAUAACGACGGAGAGGAGCGUGCAUGUUGAGGAACCGACAAUCGAAAAACCAAAAAGCAGCAGACCUCUUGCUCUUGACGGGCCUGGGCUGGGUCGUAUGGAUUCGGAGACGAUCCCCAGGGCUGUCAGAGAUGGGUCUGCGGCAGCGGAGCGGUCGACAAAGGAACAGCGCGAAUGGUCACAAUCGCCUCAGCCAGUGCAGAGAGCCUUCUCGUUCCCCGAUGACAUUGCAGACGAAGAGGUGUUCACUACGAGAGAGGCCGAGGCGGGCAACAAGCAGCCAGCCGAGCCCACGGCCGACCAACCGGUGCGGCUACCGCCUAUCUCCAACUUCUCGGAGUUCAUGCGGUCUCAAACCAGCCUCGCGCCGGUGGAAGAGGAGCUCUCGGACGAGGAGCCGGUCAAGCGGCACUCACCACAAUCACCAAUGCGGCGCGGCCGACACAUCCUGCAGACGCCUGAAAUCCAGCGGGACAGCGGUUUCUCGUCAGGCUCACCUCACCCGUCACGCCGCAUCCGGGACGAGCAUGUCGAAGCCAUCCGUGACAGCGGCGUGCAUCUCCGGGACUCGAUGGAGGGCCUGACGCCGGUGCGGGAGAGUCACAGGUCGCUGUCGCCAAGAGUUCCCGAGGAGCGACUGAUGAGGGUACAAACACCACGCAACGAAGACGCAGAGCGCCGUUUGAGGCGGUCACCGCUGAGUGGUCAUCGACCCAGCGCCGUUGGACCCGAGACGCCCCGGCUGUAUGAACCCUCACCGCCGCCUCGGACGCCCGAACCAGAGAAGCUGCAGGUCACCAAGAAGCGGGCUGCAGCAGCGCCGGGAUUGGCGGGAGGAGAUGCUGCUGCUGCUGCUGGCCUUGCUGCAGCCUCAGUGGCCAGCGCGCGCAGCGUGUCAGACCACACAGCGCACCCGCCGAGGCCCGUAGACCCCACGCCGCGCAGGGUGUCGUCCAAUACCAGCAUGGCCCGCCUGCGCACCCCUGAACCGCCGGCUGCGUUGCGGCCUGACAGUCCAGGCAGUCUCAGCCUCCGCUCGUACGCCGGGACGCCCCCACUGCAGCUGCGCAGGAUGGACAAGCGGGCCAGUGGCGACCUGCGGUCCGUGUCCCUCAGCCAACGAGACCUGGCUGCCAAGGCCCGCGAGCACGAAAAGAGCGGGACUGGGAGCUCAUCAACCACAGCGGCAGCAGCUGGCAUCGCAGCAGUCGGAGCCGCUGCCCUGGGAGCAGCAGCCCUGCUCUCGUCGCCGUUGCCAGCCACCGCUGCCAACAACUCGACACCCGUUGCAAAUGAGGGCCGUGUCCGCGCCAAGGACAUGACUGAUGUCUAUGAUGGCUACGGCGAGGGCCGCAUCGGCUCGCCGCGGUCGCCCACUCGCCCGCACAGCAUGCGUCGCCGCCAGAGCAUGCAGGUGCUGGAGCUUGAGUCCCGCGUCGAGCAGCUCCUUGCAGAAAACCGCAUGCUCGCCGAGGCCCGCGCCCAGGCCGAGUCAUCGCACACCCACCGCAGCGCCACCGCUCUCGCCGAGCGCGAGUCCGACAUUGAGUCGCUCCGGCGCAUGCUCAAGGAGGCCAACGAGGUCAUCGACCGCCUGAAGCAGACUAACGAGGGCCUGCGCAGCUCCACCUCAGCCAUCGCCGUCAAGCAUCACGACGAGAUCCGCCGCCUCGAGUCCCAGCACACCCAGACCGCCAAAGAGCUCGAGCUGGCCCGGCAAGCCUCGUCCCAGCACGCCCGCGCCCUGCAGGACAAGGACGCCGAGGUUGCACAGCUGCGUUCCCAGCUCGAGGCCUCCACCGCCCAGAUCCGCCAGCUGCAGCAGCAGAUCCUCGAGCAGACCCGCCCGUCCGACAGCCCGGACUUCCUCGACAUCCACGACAUUGACUACUUUGACCACCGCUGUCAGCAGCUGUGUGCCCACGUGCAGCAAUGGGUGCUGCGCUUCUCCAAGUUCAGCGACAUGCGCGCCUGCCGCCUGACGUCGGAGCUCAGCGACGAGAAGCUCAUCGACCGCCUCGACAAUGCCGUCCUCGACGGCUCCAACGUCGACACAUACCUGAACGACCGCGUUCGCCGCCGCGACAUCUUCAUGAGCAUGACCAUGACCAUGAUCUGGGAGUUCGUCUUCACCCGCUACCUCUUCGGCAUGGACCGCGAGCAGCGCCAAAAGCUCAAGACGCUCGAAAAGCAACUCGUCGAGGUCGGCCCGCCCCACGCCGUCCGCCAGUGGCGCGCCGUCACCCUCACCCUCCUCUCGCGCCGCCCGUCCUUCAAGAAGCAGCGCGACCAGGACACCGAGGCCGUCGUCAGCGCCAUCCUCGACACGCUGUCCAAGAUCCUCCCGCCGCCCUCCCACCUCGAGGACCAGAUCCACUCGCAGCUCCGCCGCGUCGUCCGCGAGGCCGUCGCCAUGGCCAUCGAGAUGCGCUGCCAGCGCGCAGAAUACAUGAUGCUCCCGCCCCUGCAGCCCGAGUACGACGAUACGGGCGAGCUGACCGAGACGGUCUCGUUCAAUGCCGCCCUCAUGAACGAGGCCAGCGGCUCCGCCGAGCAGACCAACGAGGAGCUCGAGGCCGCCAAUGCCACGGUGAGGGUCGUGCUGUUCCCCCUGGUGCUGAGGAAGGGGGAUGAGGAGGGGAGAGGCGAGGACGAGAUUGUCGUUACGCCCGCGCAGGUGCUCGUCGCGGCGUGGAAUGGGAGGCCGCGUGCGGCGAAACAGGGCGUCGGGAGGCUGAUGACGCCUGUGUCGGAUGCUGGUGGGGUCAGUCUUGAGGCGAGGAGUCUGAGUGGGAAUGCCGGGGAGAGGAGUCCCCGGGGCGCCGGGAGUAGUGUGAAGGGCGGUGUCGGGGUUGCGCACAGUGACAUUAGUAUGGAGGGAGCUGGUGGUUAUCUUUAA